AGAGGUGGCCGGAUAUUUUCUUUUUUUUUUUUUGGGAUGGGGUGUGUUUUGAGGGCGGUCGAUCAGGCUCGUGUUUCAGAGGCCAUGGGGGGUCGGGGCUGGCCCGAAUUUUUGGAGUAUAGUAAGAUUCAUAACUGCACCGGUGGACAUAAAACCGCGGAGCUCGUGCUGACGCGGUGGGUGCUAUCUGCGCACAGGGGCCUGGCGUCGGAUCCCCCAAAAACACACACACUAACACUCAUCAAAACGCGAACACACUCCCUGCGAUACACCGCAGCUGCAACUUCGCCGAUCUCGGCGAAAUCCUUCAACCCGAGGAACUGCAUGUCUAAUUUUUAGACAUGUUCAGAUUUGUGGACUCACGGACUGUCCUGCUACUUGUAGCGACACAAUGUAUUUUGCAAACCGUUGUCAGAUGUCAGCGAGAGGAUGACCAGGAAGACAUAGGCGGCUGCAUCCAGGAUGGCCAGCAUUUCGAGGACCGUGCAGUUUGGAAGCCUGAAGCGUGUCGGGUCUGUGUGUGUGACUCGGGAUCAGUGCUCUGUGAUGAGGUCAUCUGCGAGGAGCUGAGGGAUUGCAACAAUCCUAUCAUUCCACCUGGAGAGUGCUGCCCCAUCUGCCCUGCUGACCAAGACCAAACUAGCGAGACCUUUGGUGUAAAGGGGCAAAAAGGAGAACCCGGUGAUAUUGCAAAUGUUCAAGGACCAAAAGGACCAGCUGGCCCCAUGGGACCACCUGGAGAACAGGGACCACGUGGAGACAGAGGCCCUAAGGGUGAGAAGGGAAGUCUAGGACCCAGAGGAAGAGAUGGCGAGCCCGGCACUCCAGGAAACCCUGGACCCCCUGGACCUCCCGGACCACCAGGCCCAAACCCACCUGGACUUGGAGGAAACUUUGCAGCACAAAUGUCUCAAGGUUUUGAUGAGAAAGCUGGAGGAGCUAACUUGGGUGUGAUGCAAGGUCCAAUGGGCCCCAUGGGUCCCCGUGGUCCUCCUGGUCCCUCUGGAGCACCUGGCCCACAAGGUUUCCAAGGCAGCCCAGGAGAAGUUGGCGAACCCGGACCUUCUGGCCCUAUGGGACCUCGCGGCCCACCUGGACCAUCUGGAAAAGCUGGAAGUGAUGGUGAGAAUGGCAAACCUGGUAAGCCUGGUGACCGUGGACCUACUGGACCACAGGGAGCACGUGGAUUCCCUGGAACCCCUGGACUUCCUGGCAUCAAGGGACACAGAGGACACCCAGGUCUUGAUGGUGCCAAGGGAGAGACUGGAGCUGCUGGUGCUAAGGGUGAAUCAGGUUCAUCUGGUGAGAAUGGCGCCCCUGGACCAAUGGGCCCUCGUGGUCUUCCUGGUGAGAGAGGACGUCCUGGACCAUCUGGAGCUGCUGGUGCCCGUGGUAAUGAUGGUCUUCCUGGGCCUGCUGGUCCUCCUGGACCUGUUGGCCCUGCUGGUGCCCCAGGUUUCCCAGGAUCCCCUGGUUCCAAGGGUGAGGCCGGACCUACUGGUGCUCGUGGAGCUGAGGGAGCCCAAGGACCCCGUGGAGAGGCUGGAACUCCAGGAUCCCCUGGACCUUCUGGAGCCAGUGGUAACCCUGGUACUGAUGGUAUUCCUGGAUCCAAAGGAUCUGCUGGUGCCCCUGGUAUUUCUGGUGCCCCAGGUUUCCCAGGACCUCGUGGCCCACCUGGACCUCAGGGAGCUACUGGACCUCUUGGGCCCAAGGGUCAGAGUGGAGACCCUGGUAUUGCAGGAUUUAAGGGAGAGGCUGGACCAAAAGGAGAGAGGGGUGUGGUAGGACCUCAGGGUGCCCCAGGCCCACUUGGUGAGGAGGGCAAGAGAGGACCAAGAGGAGAGCCCGGUUCGGCUGGACCUCUUGGACCACCAGGAGAAAGAGGAGCUCCAGGUAACCGUGGAUUCCCUGGUCAAGAUGGUCUUCCUGGUGCUAAGGGUGCACCUGGUGACCGUGGUGUUGCUGGAUCAUCUGGACCAAAAGGUGCUGGUGGAGAUCCUGGUCGUCCUGGUGAGCCUGGUCUUCCUGGAGCAAGAGGUCUCACAGGUCGUCCUGGAGAUGCUGGACCCCAAGGAAAAGUUGGCCCAACUGGUGGUCCAGGUGAGGAUGGUCGUCCUGGUCCCCCUGGGCCUCAGGGAGCUCGUGGACAGCCUGGUGUGAUGGGAUUCCCAGGACCCAAGGGAGCUAAUGGUGAGCCUGGCAAACCUGGCGAGAAAGGACUUGUUGGCAGCCCUGGUCUCAGAGGUUUGUCUGGUAAAGAUGGUGAAACUGGGGCUGCUGGUCCUCCUGGCCCUGCUGGACCUGCUGGAGAGAGAGGUGAACAAGGACAGCCUGGUCCUCCUGGCUUCCAGGGUCUACCUGGACCUGGUGGACCACCAGGAGAGGGCGGCAAACCAGGUGACCAGGGUGUUCCUGGAGAGGCUGGUGUCCCUGGUGUAGUUGGACCAAGAGGUGAGCGUGGUUUCCCUGGUGAGAGAGGAAGUGCUGGAUCACAGGGUCUUCAGGGACCUAGAGGACUUCCUGGAACUCCUGGAACUGAUGGACCCAAGGGUGCGAUUGGCCCGGCUGGUGCUGCUGGUGCCCUGGGUCCUCCUGGACUGCAGGGUAUGCCUGGUGAAAGAGGUAGUGCUGGUAUCCCUGGACCUAAGGGUGACAGAGGUGACUCUGGAGAGAAAGGACCUGAGGGAGCUCCUGGCAAAGAUGGUGGAAGAGGUUUAACUGGCCCUAUUGGUCCACCUGGUCCUUCUGGUCCCAAUGGAGCUAAGGGUGAAACUGGUGCUAUUGGCCCAACUGGACCUGCUGGAACUCGUGGUGCACCUGGUGACCGUGGUGAGGUUGGACCUCCUGGCCCUGCUGGUUUUGCUGGACCCCCUGGUGCUGAUGGCCAGUCUGGACUUAAAGGAGAGCAGGGAGAGUCAGGCCAGAAAGGAGAUGCUGGAUCCCCUGGACCUCAAGGACCCUCUGGAGCACCCGGUCCAGUUGGCCCAACUGGUGUUUCUGGACCUAAAGGAGCUCGUGGAGCACAGGGAGCCCCAGGUGCUACUGGUUUCCCAGGCGCUGCUGGAAGAGUUGGACCUCCCGGUCCUAAUGGUAAUCCUGGCUCCUCUGGCCCUGCUGGUCCUGCUGGUAAAGAUGGCCCUAAGGGAGUGCGUGGUGAUGCUGGUCCUCCAGGAAGACCAGGAGAUGCUGGACUGCGUGGACCUUCUGGACCCCCUGGAGAGAAGGGAGAAGCUGGAGAGGAUGGCCCUCCUGGACCUGAUGGUCCUUCUGGUCCUGCAGGUUUAGCUGGUCAGCGUGGUAUUGUUGGUCUGCCUGGUCAGCGUGGUGAAAGAGGUUUUCCUGGUCUUCCAGGACCAUCUGGUGAGCCUGGCAAACAGGGUGGACCUGGUUCUAGCGGGGAACGUGGCCCCCCUGGACCGAUUGGACCCCCGGGAAUAACUGGACCUGCUGGAGAACCUGGCCGUGAGGGUAAUCCUGGAUCUGAUGGUCCUCCUGGCAGAGAUGGAGCUGCUGGUGUGAAGGGUGAACGUGGUAACACCGGCCCUGUUGGUUCACCUGGUGCUCCAGGUGCCCCUGGAUCUCCUGGUCCUGUUGGUCCUGUAGGCAAACAGGGAGACAGAGGAGAAAAUGGACCCCAAGGACCUUCUGGACCCUCUGGACCUGCUGGAGCAAGAGGCAUGGCUGGACCCCAAGGUCCUCGUGGAGACAAGGGAGAGGCUGGUGAGGCUGGAGAAAGAGGACAGAAGGGACACAGAGGAUUCACUGGUCUGCAGGGUCUUCCUGGACCUCCUGGUGCUCCUGGUGACCAGGGUGCUGCUGGACCUGCCGGACCUAGUGGCGCUAAAGGACCCCAUGGACCUGUUGGCCCAGCUGGAAAGGAUGGUGCAAAUGGUAUCCCUGGACCCAUUGGACCCCCUGGACCUCGUGGACGUUCUGGUGAAUCUGGCCCAGCUGGUCCUCCUGGUAACCCUGGACCCCCUGGUCCUCCUGGUCCUCCAGGCCCUGGCAUUGAUAUGUCUGCCUUCGCUGGACUGGGUCAGACAGAGAAGGGCCCCGAUCCUAUGCGUUACAUGCGUGCUGAUGAGGCUUCCAACAAUCUGAGACAGCAUGAUGUGGAGGUUGAUGCCACCCUCAAAUCCAUUAACAGCCAAAUUGAGGAUAUCCGCAGCCCUGAUGGAUCUCGCAAGAACCCUGCUCGCUCCUGCCGUGACCUGAAACUCUGCCACCCUGAUUGGAAGAGCGGUGAAUACUGGGUGGAUCCUAACCUUGGCUGCACUGCUGAUGCCAUCAAGGUCAUUUGCAACAUGGAGACUGGAGAGACAUGUGUGAAGCCUACUACAGGCAGUAUCCCACGCAAGAACUGGUGGAGCGCCAAAAGCAAGGGUCAGAAGCACAUAUGGUUCGGCGAAAACAUGGGCGGUGGCUUCCAUUUCAGCUAUGGUGAGAAGGCCCCAACUCCAAAUGUGGCCAACAUUCAGAUGAACUUCCUGAGACUGCUAUCUAGCGAGGCCUCUCAGAGCAUCACCUACCACUGCAAGAACAGCGUGGCCUAUAUGGAUGGGGUCACCGGCAAUCUGAAGAAGGCUCUUCUGUUACAGGGCUCCAACGAUGUGGAAAUCAGAGCAGAGGGUAACAGCCGGUUCACAUACAGUGUUGUGGAGGAUGGCUGCAAGAAACAUACAGGCCAGUGGGGCAAGACUGUGAUUGAGUACACAACUCAGAAGACAUCUAGACUGCCCAUUGUGGACAUUGCUCCUUUGGACAUCGGUGGAGCUAAUCAGGAGUUUGGAGUGGACAUUGGACCAGUCUGUUUCUUGUAAAAAAACAAAAAAACAAAACGAAGCAAAUGUGGGACACAAUAUAAGACAUGGAAAGUUAUAAAUGAUAAGCAAUAGCUCCAUGAAGAAGCAAUACACUCUCCAAAUAACGAAAUAUGGAAGUAAAGGAAAAGAAAACCAAAUUGAAAAUUUAUGCUUUUGUCUCUCACACACAAAAGUUGUGCAUUUAGUGCUCUGGAGACCAGCACUAAGCAGCACUGCCCCAUGAGUCUCUCCCUCUGAAAUCCAGCCAUGUUUCCUUCAAAGCGUCCUUCUUUCUGAUGGGAGCUGAGACGAGGAAGUAACGAGUGAGCAAGACUAAAUGAGUAAGGGAUGGAACAGAAACAUGGCUAGAUGUCAUCACAUUCAGCAGGUGGAAGUGGUGCUUUAGAGCUGGGUGCAUUUUAGGAUGUAUACAACAGAAACCCCUCCCACUAAGACCAUCUUGAUCCACACCCAGUCCCACUCAGCCCCUCCCUCUGCUUCCUGACUGUGACUCAGUAGAAACAUCACAUUCUGCUAAGUAUUGUGAAAUGUUAAAAUUGGGGAGGGUGGGAGUUCAUAUUUACUGUGUAUAAUAAAGUACAAUCCUGGUUCAGUUGUUGUAAAAGUCUGUUCUGCAACAGCUAGAUCUAUAUAUUUUCACAAUUAUGUGUGUUCGCGUGAGAGAGAACGUGUGUACCUGUGCACACCAAAAAAAAUGGGGGAAGUGCAGUUUUUAGUUUUCCUUUUCUUUUUUUAAUAGUGUACUUCAGUAUUUUCCCUUGAUUGCCCAUUUAGGAAGUGCUGUCCCUUUACCAAAAAAGCAAAAGUAAAAUAAAUUUGGACGAUA